AUGAAUUUAUGGUAUAGUGAUGAAACAUAUGAAGAUUAUUAUAAUGAAGGCAGAUAUGCAUGGAGUUUAAUCUUGUAUGUUAUCGUAUUUGUCAGCUUUAUGUCUAUAUCAAUUGUUAAUCGCUCAGAUCAUGAUUGUCCAUAUUCAUUAUGCCUUAUUGCUCGUUUAUUUCUUCAUGAAAUGACAUUAUUUUUACGUGAAACAUAUUAA